UCUUUUAAAAAGAGUAAAUUUGUUUGCCCGACCAAGGCCAGUUAGCCGUUAUGGUCGUUUAGACAGAGCCCAAAUGUAGAUAACUAAGGAGUGAAUAUUGACAGAUUUAUUUCCAAACUCAUCUCCCUGACAAAAGAAAAAGACGCUUCUAUCUUGUUGAAUAUACCCUGUCUCAUCACUCUCAAGAUCAAGUUGAGGUACAACAGUACAAUAUCUGAAGAAUUAUGUAAACAGAUAGUGACUGUGAUAUUUUGAAAAUGGAAUUAACAUUGAGAACCUUACCUCGUGUUUUACACAAAACACAGACUGUGAGUUGCCCCAGAAUCAGCCUGUGUCACACACGCCUCUUUCAAAAUUAUGUGAGCAAAAAGUCAUCAAUGCCAGCUAGAUGGAGCACAAAGACAGAUAUUGUAGCUGAGAGGACUCUGUUCCAAAUGUUGCCUGUUGUUUACUGGCAAACUAACAGACAUAUGGCAGGGCACAGUAAAUUCUCUAACAUCAAACAUCGAAAAGAGGCGCAGGACAGUAAAAAGUCAGCACUGAUGGGACAGUAUGUCAAGCUAGCACAGUCAGCUGUAAAAAUGGGUGGGUCUACUGAUCCCAAACUUAACCCCAAGCUGGCCCAGGUUAUAGAGAGUGCAAAGAAGAGCAGUCUGGGUGUUGAAACCAUAAAAAAACUGCUUGAAAGAAUGAAAAAUAAAGAAUACAAAGAUAUCAUGAUAGAAGUUUGUGGACCAGCCAACUCCAUUUUCUUGGUUAUGGUAGACGCAACGAACCAAGUCAGUGCUAGGACAGAGGUGAAAGCUGCAAUGAGGAAACAUCCAGUGAAAGUCAGCAACUCCCCUUCAAGUCUGCACUUAUUCAAGCAGCAGGGAAUUUUGUACGUGACCCCUGACCCCGAACGCCCCAACCUUGACCUUGAGGAGAUUGCUAUCGAGUGUGAGGCUGAGGAUGUUACCAAGGAAACAAAUGAAGAAGGUCAAGAAGUGAUCAAGUUUUUAUGUGACCCUGCUCGACUCUCUGAGGUCAAAACCAUGCUGGAGGGACGGAGUUUGACCGUGGAGAAUUUCUACGAGCAAUACGAGCCCUUGGCACCAGUCUCACCCUCGGAGGCGGAACAAAAGGAGAUUGACAGCAUCAUGGAGAAACUAGAAAACAUGGACAGCUAUGUAGAGAUGCACACAAAUAUAGAAGCAUAGGAAGUUCAUGUACAUGUAUAUAGAAUUGCUGUGUUGUUAUUGUGACAGAGACCCAUUAGGUUGAUUUUUUCAGUGUCGAUGGGAAGAGAGGAGAGCGCACAUUAUAAAGACUGUUAAUUAUAACUGUGUACAGAUGUGAAAUGAUUGUAAUAAAAAUGUGAUAAUAAAUUAAUUGUGUCUAA